GACAUUUUCCAAUAUUUAUUUUUGCAACGGAUAGAAAUCUUUUAAGUAAAACGGACUUUAUAUAACCAAAUAAAAAACACGGCAAUUCAAGCAGAGUGCAUAAAGAAUAAUCAAAUAAUAACCGUAUUAUCUUAUAAAAUCAAAUAAAAACAUAGAAAUCGCUUACAAAAAGGACUAAUUAUACUGAAACUGAUACAUGCAAAGGAAAAAAUGAAGUACAAGCGAAACGGCCAAGUUAUUGCCUGCAAAUCUGCCACGGCAAUGGUGACUGAUACAUGGGAUACUUCACAACUAGCUGAUGAGGAAAAAGAAAGACAAAAGCGUAUCUUCAACACUUACUUCACCACAGAUGUAUCCAGGUAUGAAGAUCAAUGCAAAAGUUAACAGUUAGGUAUUGAACUCAGAAGUGCGAAUCGUCCAUUAACUCCAUGACCCUCCCCCACCAACAUUUCCUGCUUUCUUCUAUUUCGAUCGCACUGUCUUCGUAUGAUUAGCAGUCUUUAUAACCAAU